UUUAUUUUUUAUUUGUUUUUGUGCUAAUUUAAUUAAAUAAUAUAUUUGACAUUUCUUCCAUUACUGUCAUCAUCGUUGCCAAGCAUUGGAGUUGCUCUUACAAGAAACUUCUGCUUAUUAUAACUCUAUAAAAGACAUGGCAUUGUGAACUACUUUUCAUACAAAAUAUAACAAUUAUUAACAAAAUAUAUAUAGAUAUGAAGAAGUGGUGUAUUAUUGUGUUGAUGUCGUUCCUUGUAGGAGGAGCUUUGGCCGAGCAGUGUGGAAGACAAGCAGGAGGAGCCUUGUGCCCCAACGGACUGUGCUGCAGCCAACACGGGUGGUGCGGCACCACAUCCGACUACUGUGCAGCCGGUUGUCAGAGCCAAUGCUCCUCAACUACGCCGACCCCCAGUGGCGGUGGCGGUGGCGGUGGCGGUAGUGGCGAUGUGAGCAGCGUCAUCAGCAGUGCACUGUUCGAGGAAAUGCUCAAGCAUCGUAACGAUGGGGGAUGCCCAGGUCGAGGAUUCUACACUUACGAUGCUUUCCUCACUGCUGCAAGGUCUUUCAAUGGCUUUGGCACCACAGGCGAUGAUGCCACUCGUAAAAGGGAGAUUGCUGCUUUCUUUGGCCAAACCUCUCAUGAAACCACUGGAGGAUGGGGAGAUGCACCAGAUGGUCCAUACGCAUGGGGUUAUUGUUUUGUGAGUGAAAAAGAUCAGAAGGUGAAUUGUGACCCCAACAGAGGACCCUGUUCCCCUGGCAAAUCCUAUUAUGGCCGAGGACCUAUCCAAUUAACUCACAACUACAAUUACAAUCUAGCUGGUCAAGCACUUAGAAUGGACUUGUUAAACGACCCAGACAGAGUGGCCACAGACGCAGUGGUUUCGUUCAAGACAGCCAUAUGGUUCUGGAUGACUCCACAGGCUAACAAGCCAUCGAGCCACGACGUUAUCAUCGGCAGAUGGUCACCGUCGCAGGCUGAUCUAUCGGCAAGGCGAGCCCCAGCUGGUUAUGGUGUCAUCACUAACAUAAUCAACGGUGGGGUAGAAUGUGGCAAAGGUCCAGUGGACACGGUCAAAAGUAGGAUUGGAUUCUACCAGAGAUAUUGUGGUAUUUUUGGAGUUGGCUUGGGAACUAACUUGGAUUGCUACAAUCAAACUCCUUUCGCCUAGUUAUAGUUAUAGUUAUAAUUAUAAUGUUCUUUGUUUGAAUACAUCAUGAGACUAUAAUUUAUAUACAUAUAUGUAUGUAAUAAUAAUCUCAACUUGCUACUA